UUCUGUGUUGCAAUACUGUUCUCGUAAGGUUUUGUUUUCUUUUAUAGUUCCUCGGCUGUAACAUAAAGAAGAACGUUGUCAUGCCAUUACAAGUUCACGACGUUCAGCAAAAUGUUGUGGAGCCUAUGCAAAUCGAUGUUCCUACAGAAGAUAAUGACAAUGCUGAAGAAGAAUCAUACAUCGUGGAAAAUCCAACAUUGGACUUGGAAGUUUAUGCCAAUAGCUACACUGGUCUUGCUAAACUCUAUAGGCUUAUAUACAUAGCCGAUCAUUGUCCAGUGUUAAGGAUAGAGGCAUUGAAAAUGGCUAUAUCAUAUGUAAUGACAACAUAUAAUGUCUCUUUGUAUGUUAUAUUGCACAAAAAAUUAGUGCAAGCUGUAGACACACUUGGAUUGCCAGAUGUUGCAGCACAAUCAUCCCAGGAUAUGUUAACUUUAGAUCAAGCUUGGGUUGAAUCACGUUCCAAAAAGGCUGCUUUAAAACUAGAGAAAUUUGAUACAGAUCUUAAGAAUUAUAGAAGUAAUUCAAUUAAAGAAAGUAUCAGAAGAGGUCAUGAUGAUUUAGGAGAUCAUUAUCUAGAUUGUGGAGAUCUUGUUCAUGCCUUAAAAUGUUAUUCCAGAGCAAGAGAUUAUUGUACCAGUGGGAAACAUAUUGUUAAUAUGUGUCUAAAUGUUCUAAAAGUUUCUGUUUAUUUACAAAAUUGGGCUCAUGUACUGAGCUAUGUAACAAAAGCAGAAAGUACACCAGAUUUUUGUGAUGCUCAUGGUAAAGACAACAGUCAGGCUAUAGCUACAAAAUUAAAAGUUGCAGCUGGUUUAGCAGAUUUAGCAACCAGAAAAUACAAGAUGGCUGCCAGGCAUUUUUUACAAGCAUCAUUGGAUCAUUGUGAUUGCCCUGAAUUGUUAUCCCCUAGCAAUGUUGCUUUAUAUGGGGGACUUUGUGCUUUAGCUACAUUUGAUAGGCAUGAGUUACAGAAACAAGUUAUUUUUAGUAGUUCCUUUAAAUUGUUUUUAGAAUUGGAACCACAAUUAAGAGAUAUUAUCUUCAAAUUUUAUGAAUCAAAAUACGCAUCUUGCUUAAAAUUACUAGACGAGAUUAAGGAUAAUAUACUUCUGGAUAUGUAUAUAGCACCACAUGUUAACGCAUUAUACACACAAAUUCGAGAUAGAGCACUGAUACAAUAUUUUAGUCCAUACUUAAGUGCAGACAUGAGACGCAUGGCAACUGCUUUUAAUAGGACAGUCUCUGAAUUGGAAGAUGAGCUUAUGCAAUUAAUUCUCAAUGGUCAAAUACAAGCUCGUAUAGAUUCUCAUAAUAAAAUUCUUUAUGCAAAAGACGUCGAUCAACGUAGUACGACGUUUGAAAAAUCUAUGAGCGUUGGGAAAGAAUAUCAAAGGCGUACACGUAUGUUAAUUUUAAGGGCUGCAAUGCUUAAACAACAAAUUCAAGUUAAGAGCCCACAACGUGAUAGCACUCAAGGAGGAGAGAUGUCAGUUACCUGGAAGCAAUAAUUCAGUGAUUUUCAUUAAUCGUGGAUAGAUCUGUCAGCAUCAAAUUUUCUUCGAUAUGUGUGAGUGGCAAUAUAGAACUAUAUUACUAAAAUUGUUAUUAUUUUAUCAUGAUAUAAUAGAUUUAAGCAAUUAUGACAAAAUAGACAGUAAUCGGAUAGAAUCAUGAGUACAUUUACCCGCGGUUAUUUGCGCGCGAAAGUCAAACUUUGCAAUGUAGUAAUUUAAUGAAGCAUAAUGAAAUCAAUAUUUUUCUGUGCCAAAUAUUCUGAACUUAUAACUAUAUUAAAAAUUGUAUGUUUCAAAAUGGUGCACU